AUGCCAUUCCCUAAAGUUUCGAUACACUUUUGUACUAAGUGCAAAUGGAAUUUAAGAAGUGCUUGGUACCUUCAAGAGCUUCUACAGACCUUUCAAGAUUCCUUAGCUGAAGUAUCCUUGGUUCCUGGUGAAUCGGGUGAGUUCCGAGUUUUGGGGUAUUCGGCACCAGAGGGUGUUGAGAUUACAAUUUGGGAUCGCAAAACUGACGGCGGGUUUCCUGACAGUAAAUUCUUAAAGCAAAGGGUUAAACAAUUACUGCUGGAGACUAGCAGCGUUGGCGCUCAUCUAGAAAGAGAGGCAAUAUCAGCUACCCUCAUUUCCCACAGAGAUGACGAAACAACAGAACAUUGUCAAGAUUGUGUAUAA